UGCAUCCAUUUCUUGCAAAACGGCAUAGUUGACGGGUUUUGGUGAGCGCAAAACAAAUGAUCCUAAUUUCAGAAAUAAAAAUAACCUGGGAGUAGAAACGCCUUAAAUCGGUUAACAAUCAAUGAAAUACUCAUAACAAUCCGAAACAGAGCUGAAUAAAAGUUUUAUAAAAUGGUGUGCAGUUAAAUCGGAUGUAAAUAGUUACGAAACAAAGCCAGUGAUUGCAUUGAAAUAUAUGUACGGAAAUAAGUGUGAUAAAAGUAAAAAAUAAAUGAAAAAUUGACCGAAAAUGUGGUGGUAACGGGGAAAAUCCAAAUAAAAUCAAGUGAAUGCAAAACAUAAAAAGUCUAUUAAUAAUCUGGUGAAAAUUACAACAAAUAUUAUAUUUUUUUUUCUUUUAUACAUCCAUGUGUGCCUAUACAUAUGUACAAAAUCGAUUGGAUAUCAAAUAAAACUAGUUUCCCAAAUUUAUUUUUGGCAUUAUAAAACAAAAAAAGAAUAAAAACAAUUCACUACAGCGCGUGUGAGCAAUUGGACUCGAGCUUACAUACAUAUGUAAAUGUAUGAUACUCCUGCGCAUAGAGCACAGAAUUGGACAGACGGCGGGAGGCAAUUGAGAGUACGUGGACAAUCGACAGUAUAUACUGUCAUUGCCUUCUUUCGGGCCAUACAAAGUUGUUUGCAAUCGGUAAGCUGUGAUGGUUCGAUGCCAAUGUGCACAUAUGUACUCAGCUUUCCCACAAUAUAAUAGCAGGUCUCCAUCAACCGCAGCUGGCUUUGUUCGUUAGUUUUUCGCGUGCAUUUCUUAUGAGUUCAUUUGUGUAAGGUGUAGAAUCAAAGUUUUCAUUAUCUACAUAUAUGUAUGUACAUGCCACAUAAAUAGUAGGUUUGAAAAGUGCAAAUUGCAAGUUGCAGAAUCGUUUCUACCUUGCGUCUGAAAUACAUGUUUCCCAUAUUUUCAUGGUUAUAGUGUUGUAGCGCAGGAAGUCCAGCAAAAAUAUACAAAAGCUAAUAAAAAACAUACGCCGCGUCAUCUUUGUGUCUACCUUUCUUUUAUCAUUCUGUUUCAAAAUAUUUUUUUUAUAAACAAACUGCAACCGGUUUCUUACUCUACGAUUUGUUUUACUAUUUGCGCCCAUUUCCUUUAAACAACUAAUCUUCGACGCUGGAAUUGUAUUCGCAGUAUUUACCCACGAUUCCAAGCUGUAAAACGGAUAAAACUAAACGAAUAAUUAAACUACUGGAAAAUAUCAAGAAAUAUUUCCGAAAAAAGUAAACCAAAAUAAAGCAAUAUAUAAGUAACGAUAUACCAACACAAAUGGUUUAGAAAGUUCAGUUCUGAACAUUAUUUGCGAUAACACAUGAUUUUUCAGGAAAACGGCUGAUCAAUCAUGAGUCGUCCAACCCAGCAACGCACAAUGCAGCAGCCAAAGCCGCCGAAGCAGCACCUCACAGAGCAGGAGGCCAUCGCCGCCUCCGAGCUCUUCGAUCUCUUCUGCGUCGCAACGACAAUGCGCCAGAUUCUAGGUUUGCAUCGCGACAUGUGCGAUAUACUCGGAUUGCGGCCAGCUCCGAUCAACGAAUUCUAUCCCAUGUUAAAAGCGAAGAUUCGUUCGUGGAAAGCGCAGGCGCUGUGGAAAAAAUUCGAUGCGCGAGCGGCUCACCGCGUGUACGCGAAGGGAACAGCGUGUAAUGGCACGCAUGUGCUAGUCAUAGGCGCAGGCCCGUGCGGUAUGCGCACGGCCAUUGAAGCGCAACUAUUGGGUGCCAAAGUCGUUGUGCUGGAGAAGCGCGAUCGCAUCACGCGUAACAACGUGCUGCACCUGUGGCCGUUCGUGAUCACCGAUCUACGGAAUUUAGGUGCGAAAAAGUUUUACGGAAAAUUUUGUGCUGGUUCUAUAGAUCACAUAUCCAUAAGACAGCUGCAAAUAAUUUUAAUGAAGGUGGCGCUGCUACUCGGCGUAGAGAUACACGAGAAUGUGUCCUUUGAGAGGACAAUAGAGCCGAGUGGGGACGGAUUCGGUUGGCGGGCAGCUGUAACGCCAGCGGAUCAUGUGGUUUCGUACUAUGAAUUCGAUGUUUUAAUUGGAGCCGAUGGUAAGCGCAACACACUGGAAGGCUUUAAACGAAAGGAAUUUCGUGGAAAGCUUGCUAUUGCGAUCACGGCCAAUUUUAUAAAUAAGAAAACUGAGGCGGAGGCUAAAGCGGAAGAGAUCAGCGGAGUGGCUUUUAUAUUUAAUCAGUCGUUCUUCAAGGAGCUCUACGAGAAGACUGGCAUAGAUUUAGAGAACAUCGUUUACUAUAAAGAUGAGACACACUACUUUGUUAUGACUGCAAAGAAGCAUAGUCUCAUCGACAAAGGUGUGAUUUUACAGGAUUUCUCCGACCCUGCGGAAUUACUUGCGCCAGCCAAUGUUAGCGCCGACAAGCUGCUCGAUUAUGCCCGCGAGGCGGCCGAAUUCUCCACAAAGUACCAAAUGCCAAAUCUUGAGUUCGCUGUAAAUCAUUAUGGUAAACCGGAUGUAGCCAUGUUUGAUUUCACAUCUAUGUUCGCCGCUGAGGCAUCAUGCCGUGUAAUUGUGCGUAAUGGUUAUCGAUUGUUCCAAUGUCUGGUGGGUGAUAGCCUGUUGGAGCCUUUCUGGCCCACGGGAUCCGGCUGUGCGCGUGGUUUUCUUUCAAGCAUGGAUGCUGCAUAUGCAACCAAACUGUGGUCGAAUACACGCAAUAGUAUCCUGGGCGUUGUAGCGCAACGGGAAAGUAUAUACAGACUGCUCAAUCAGACCACACCCGAAAAUUUGCAGCGUGACACGGGCUCUUACACUGUUGAUCCUGCCUCAAGAUAUACGAACCUUAAUCGCACAGCUGUUAACCCCUUCCAGGUGAAAACUCUCGUAGACUCAGAUGAUCCGCAAGUACUCGAGCAGCCAAUUGCGGAAAUUGUCACAACACCAGCGAUAGCCGAGGCGCCAGCAAUGCUGCGCAAGCCACGUCGUAGUGCAGAUAUCGUACCUGAAGCAUUACUGCAUUGGGUCUGUGCUCAGCUCCACAUGUACGAUUUUGUUAAGGAGAUAAAGGAGCCUGCCGAUAUAAUUAAAAAUGGAAAAUCACUCAGCGCCUUAAUUAGCCGUUUUCGGCCAGAUUUGAUUGACUACACAGCAACACGCGACUUAACGUCCGCUGAACGUAACGAAUUAGCGUUCCGAAUACUGGAGGCCGAAUAUCAAUUACCUCGCAUUAUGAAUGGCGAGAAAUCGGUAGAACUAGAAAAAGUGGAUACACGGCUGUGGUUACACUAUUUAAAUCAAGUGCGCGAGGUCUUCCGCGGUGAGGUGCCGCAUUUGAAACAUCCAAAGAUGGAUAUCACCGAGCUACGAGAAAAGUAUCGACUCAAUAAUGCCCACGCGCAGCCUGAUUUUUCAAAAUUGUUACAACUCUCAACGAAGCCAAAAUAUCCGAAAGCCAAAAGCCCUAUCGAGGAUAUGGUCGAUGUGCCGCAAGUGGUACAGCGUCGUUCGGUUUUGGACGAAGAACGCGUGAAGCGUAUGCGUAGGCAUGAGCCAGCCAAUGUCAGUCCGGCCGCUGCAGGCAUUUUACCGCAACAAGGGCAAACUGAUACACCACGUCGAGCCAAAAAGAGAAGAAACGCAGAGAAGGCAGCGAAUAUUGAGGAACGCCAGAAGCGACUAGAAGAAAUUGAACAAAAUCGCCAGGAGCGACAGAGCAAGCGUCGCCAACAACGUUAUCAGCAAACGCAGAACUUUUACAAAAGCUUGCAGAUGCUACAAGCCAACACGUUGUUGCGCGAGACUGAUGAUCCGCAGGCUUUUGAGGACUACUCACUAUUCAUAUAUCGUCAACAUGCGCCGGAAUUCAACGAUCGCGUAAAGGAGUUGGAGCGCAAAUUGCUGUAUCCUGACCGCAAUCGGGGCGAUAUACCUUCAGCUAUGCCGCGAAACAACCCCGAUGAACAGUUUAGUGAUCGCAUCAAAUCCAUGGAGCAGCAAAUUAGCUCGAAAAAUGCUGGCGGCACCGAUAAGAAACCCAAAGACUUAAUGCGUGCCAUCGGCAAAAUCGACAGCAGUGAUUGGAAUGUACGCGAAAUCGAAAAGAAAAUCGAACAAUCGAAACGAACGGAAGUACAUGGCCCCAAGGGACGCGAGAAAGUGCCGAAAUGGAGUAAGGAACAAUUCUUGGCCAGACAAAAUAAAAUGGCAAAACCGACACGCCAAGAAUCAGUGGAAGAGAAGUUCAAAGAGAUCGAUCAGACGUUAAAGAAUUUGGACAAGCAAUUGAAGGAGGGUUCGAUACUCGAAGUUGGCGAACGUGGUCGGAAUAAAGUCGCGUCCAUCGCUGGGCAAUUCGUGAAGAAAGAUUAUAAAUCAAGUGAGGAAAAGAAUACUCCCUCCACCGCCAGCAAUGUAGUGCCGAAAUCAAGCGCUAAGGUUGCCUUGGCAUUCAAGAAGCAAGCAGCUUCCGAGAAGUGCCAUUUCUGCAAACAAAUCGUAUAUUUAAUGGAAAAGAUCGCCGCUGAGGAUCUCGUUUUUCAUCGUUCGUGUCUAAAGUGUCACCAUUGUCAAACGAAUUUGCGCCUGGGUGGCUAUGCAUUUGAUCGUGAUGAUCCGAAUGGACGUUUCUAUUGCACGCAACAUUUUAGGCUACCUGCAAAGGCUAUACGGCCUGUAAUGCGGAAACCAGGCCAACGGAAGCCAACUCAACAGCAACAAGCUGCCGCAGCAGCAGCCGCGGCUGCAGACAUUACUGUUCCGGCGGGUUCUGCCGGUGACGGCACCUCCCCUGCAGAUUUGCUCAAAACACCUGACAAACUUCGUGGACCUGCCGACAGUGUUGUGCAGCUCGAUUUGUUGGAUCGUGGUCAGACGCCCGAGCGUAUUGAAUUUGAAAAUACCGACGCAAUGUCCGAUGGCGAACCUUCAGAGGAGCAUAUACUCGACGAACAUGAAUGGUCAGGCAGAAACUUCUUGCCGGAGUCGAAUCAGGACUCUGAAUCAGAUCUAUCCAGUUCCGAUGACUCAGACGAUGAAUCCGAUGCUGAUAUGUUCGAAGAGGCAAAUGACUCACCGUUGGGUGCACAAACUCUACAGUUGGCCACUGACUGGAUUGGCAAGCAACAUUACUCCGAUAGUGAUGAGUCAGAUGACUUUUAUGAUUCCAGUGAAGGCAUUGCGGAUGAUGAUGGUAAGGAUGACACAGAGGGAGAGGAUUUCAAGAAGGCUCGUGAGCUACGUAGAGAAGAAGUCCGUCUAUUGCCACUGCCCGCGAACCUGCCCACUGACACCGAGACUGAGGUUCAAAGCGAGUCAGAGUCUUCUUCGCCCGAGGAGGUUGAACUUAAUUCUGCCACGGAAAUAUCAACAGAUUCGGAAUUCGAUCAUGAUGAAAUAAUCCGAGAAACUCCAAAGAUCUUCAUUGACGACACUCACCUAAGAAAGCCAACAAAAGUUCAAGUCAAAUCUACCGUUAUUGCUUCGACCGCCGGUCAACGACAUCACGUACCAUCCACCAAUAACACACACAACUUAAGAGGAAGUUAUCUACAGAAGUAUCAAGUAAGCCCACCACAGCCGCAAUUUAAACCUCUUGUUCAGGUCGACCCCACACUCUUAACGAAAAGCCGCGCGCCUCUUCAAAAUCCACGGCCAGGCGACUACUUGCUCAAUAAAACUGCCAGUACCGAAGGCAUAGCUUCAAAGAAAAGCUUAGAACUAAAGAAGCGUUACUUACUCGGUGAACAGGGAAAUGGCAACAAAAUUCAAAAAUCCGGUUCUACCUCUGUGCUUGACUCACGCAUACGCAGCUUCCAAUCAAAUAUAUCUGAGUGUCAAAAGCUGUUGAAUCCUGGCAGUGGUAUCUCACCAACCAUGAAAACGUUUUUGGAUCGCACGAAAUUGGGUGAAAAUGCAAACAACGAUUUGAUGCGCUCAGCCACAACUAAUAUUUUAAACGAUUUGAAAGUUGAGAUUACUAUUCAGAAAGCUUCAUCCACUGCCUCGACGGACAAUGAGAAGGAAAACGUUUUUGUGAAUAGCAAAAAUGAGCUCAACAAAGGCAUGGAGUAUUCGGAAUCUGUCAGUGCAGCUUUGCUUGAGACUGUGAACAAAAAAUCGCCUUCAACACCAUCCAGCAAUCACACAAUUAUGGGCACAAUAGAUCUCGUUUCGCCAGAAAAGGAAAGAUCGUCGUCAAUCAUAGAUUUAACCAAAGUAGAAAUGCCAGUAAAAAGGCGGGACAAUGAUGGACUGAAAAUAAAUUCUGCUGAAAACAAUGAUGUACUGCUCACUGCCGAUAGUAAUAAGAUUAUAGAUCUGACCUGCGAGUCACCAGUGAAAAGCGACAAUACCGUUAUAGAGGAAGUGAGGCCAGAUGUUUCCAAGGAUGUAAAGGAGAGUAUACCUGACAUACUAGGUCAUAUUGGUCAGGAAGUGAAGCCAGGGCACAAGCCAGCGGCAAGAUGCCAGACCGAAGACCAGCAACAUCUCUUGAGCCAUUCUUGCGACGAGGAGAAAAUGGAUUCGCCAGAGAAAUUGGAGGAAGAGAAUGAAACGUUGCAAAUUCAAGUGCCGAAUAUACCGUGGAGAACGCGUAAGACAGACACUAUGUCGUCCACAACAGGUUCAAGUUGCACUUCAAACUCGUCAAGUAUUGAAGAUAUACAACACUAUAUACUAGAGUCAACAACGAGUCCGGAUACGCAAACCGGUGCCAUGGCGAUUGGUCAUCAAGUGCCGCGCGUCGAAAUACAUGAUACAUCAGGUACACUCAUGCAAAUCGAUAGUUUGAUGAUAAUUGAUGGCAAGUAUAUUGGCGAUCCGGAUGAUCUGAAGUACUUGGAAAUUCCUGAAGGGGUGGUCGUGCCGGCGGCACCUACCGUCAAAACGACAGAGAUCGAAGAAGAUAAUGAAGCUGAUAUGGAACCAGUUACGGCAACACCGGAGCCAAUCGAAUGUACAGUGAUCGAAAAAAACCAGGCUGCAGAAGACGAAAGAACCGAGGAGAUGGCGGCAGAGGAAAAAGUGCCGCCAUUACCUGAAAUAGGUCCACCAUUACCAGAGCGAGGGCCACCAAACAUGAAAAUAGUAAACCUCAAAUUUGAUACCAAAAAUGAAAAUAAAGUAGAGAGCCUUAAAAAUUUGCCACUAAUUGUCGAACAUAGCGUGGAGCAUACAAAAGCCGUUAAACCAGUCACAUUAAACUUGAAUAGCUCACUAAAGUCACCAAAUACUCCCACAACACCAACCGCCAUAACAACGAGCGCUGUUAUGGCGCGCACACCGACAUCACCACUAAUGGAAGUGGACAGUGAUAUAACACCCACUGGCGAUCUAUUGUCACGUGGUUCCGAUUCAGAAACCGAACUCACUGGCACAGGUCAGGUGAUGACCGAAACAGAGCUAUCCGAUUGGACGGCAGACGAUUGUAUAUCUGAGAAUUUCGUUGAUAUGGAAUUCGUGCUGAAUUCAAACAAGGGCACCAUUAAACGCAAUAAAAAAGAGAAGAAACGGCUGUCCGCUGCAUCGAAAUUGCCCAGCACAAUUGAAAUGCUGGGGGAAGUAACCAAAACAGCGCCAGUUGCUGAAUUCGAGGGCAUACUGAAAUCGAUUGAUAUUGACGAUAUUGAAUUCAUGGAUACCGGGUCGGAGGGCUCAUGCGCGGAGGCGUACUCUGCCACAAAUACGGCAUUAUUGCGCAAUCGUGGCUACAUAGAAUUUAUCGAUCCGCCUACGCCCAAGCAAACACCUUCGCACAAAGCUGCACUACAUACUAUAGCAGAUAGUACACACAAAUCGGUUGCGGCAAAACGUGAUGAAAAGCUUGGCAUAGAUUAUAUCGAACAGGGAGCGUACAUCUUGCAAAGUGGCGAUCACGAACAUGAUCUACUUAAGACUCCCGUAAACGAGGACGCACACUUCGUCGCUUCGUUAGCGGAGAAAUCACAAGCUACUGGACCUCCCUCGCUCAUGACUCAAUCGCUCACUGAUUCAAGCACAUUGAACGAUUUGGAAGACGAUAGCCUAUUCACAACAACACAAAAUUCACAAAUCCAGCCUUCGGCAGCCACCACAACUAAAACUACAACAGAGGAGAGUGAAGCUCUGACCGUUGUCACUAGUCCGUUAGAUUCCUCAUCACCAAAGGUGCCCGAUCUGCAUAACAGUUCUUUCAUUACAGGCAAAGCCGCUGAGCUAACAACUGGUUCUACGCCUAGCAGCUCCGAAAAAAAUCCGAAAACUUCGCAGUCAACAUGCACCACGACCAGUACUUCGACUAGCUCAUCGAGUAAAGCCACUUCCCCACGUUGCUUGUCACAAGAAAUUCCUGCAGCAUCACUAUUGUUGGAUGCCAAUACGUCAACGGCAGUGUCAACAUCAUCAGCAUUUGCGCCGAAGGCGGCGCCGCGCAAACUCUCAAAUGAGCUUUCGUACGAGGAGUGUGUGCGGGCGUUACAGCAGAAGAUUACGCAAAUCAGUACUGCUCGUGAUUCAGAUGUACGUAAACAAAGACGAAAGAGUUCCAAGGGCGAAAUGCCCGUCAGCAAUGUACAAACUGUGAUAGAACCAACACCAUCAAUGCUGCAACUCACCGAUUCGGAAGUCUCAGAUGUAAAUGUAGCUCUAACUACGGCUGCCAAUCCUUCCGCAGCCGCGACUCUAAUCCACAAGGUACCUGAAAUUCCGACAUUGACCCGCAAACUAGAAGAGAUCACUAAGGAGCGCACCAAGCAGAAGGACCUGAUACAUGACCUCGUCAUGGACAAAUUGCAAUCGAAGAAGCAGUUGAAUGCCGAAAAGCGUUUGCACCGCAGUCGUCAGCGCACGAUGCUCACGAGUGGAUACGCAAGCGGUUCUAGUCUAAGUCCUACUCCAAAAAUUGCAGCGGCAACAACAACCAGUGACACUAAUUGCACCAGCCGUGCACACUAUCAUGAAUCCACGGCAGCAAUGCCAUCAACAACUGUAGUAAACACUGCGGAUGAGCUUACUGCUAGCGUGAAUUUCCGAGAAAACAUCCCUCUACCGAAGUCAUCGACAUAUGUCUCUGCCUACGGGAUGGCAGGCGAUUCCCCGACGCGCAAUAUUGCCUACCAGCAACGACCUUUCAGCGAGCAUUUGAAUGCCGAACAAUUGGACGCCUUCGAAAGGUAUAAACUGACCAAAACUCCUUCAUUUUCACAUGUGCUGCCCUCCCAGCCGAGCAAGUCAGCGUUAAAAGAUGAAAAUAUAUGUAAAUAUGCAACGCCACAAGCCCCUGCGCGUAAUAAUCGCAUUCAAAAGCCUCUAAUAACCGCACAAAGCGUUGAUAGCUCUUUUUCAGUAUCAACAGAAAAUCUACGCACUGAAGCUCGUGCACGUGCGCGUCUCAAAUCGAACACUGAGCUCGGUCUAAGUCCGGAGGAGAAAAUGCAGCUACUGCGUCAGCGACUGCAACUCGAUCAUUUUGAUGCGAAAAAUAACUUGGCCACUUCAUUUCAGUCUCAGGUGCCGAUUAAAUUACCAAAAGAUACAGAGGAACCUGUACACGACCGCCGACUGAGCGCAUCGAAGAGUGUCAAUGAUUUAGUGUACAUGGCGAGCAAACAGCCAGAAUCGUCUGGCGAUGUAAAUUCUAACACUAAGUCAGUCGCGGGGGUCACUGCCGAUUUUACCUCAGAUCCCAAUUUGUUGCUCUCCUCAACAUCCGUACAAUCCAGCAGUGGUAGCGUAAGCGCCAGCACUAAAGCGCCAAAAUGCAAAUCUAGUCGUAGGCAAAAAGAUCCAGAACGCCGCAAAAGUCUAAUCCAAUCACUGUCCAGCUUCUUCCAUAAAGAGAAGAAGGACACUGGUGGAGGCAGCGCAACUAGCGUACUUGGCUCUGCACAGCCAGAGCGACCGGGAUCUAGUGGCAACAAUGGUACCACAGCUUCGGGUGGCGUUGAAACGGGAGUAUUUAGCCGUUUCCGUAUAUCGCCGAGAACAAAGGAGAAAUCCAAGUCAUGCUUCGAUGUCAGGAAUAUCGGGUUUGGUGACAAGGAUGGUUCCCUCUUUGACGCCCAGCUAAACAACAGCGCAAGUAUUUCAAAUACGAGCUCAUCAAAUACCCAUAAAAAUUUGAACACUACACCAGUAAAAAGCGCCACAAAAAAGUCAGCAAUAGCAGCGCUCUCAUCAUCUAGCCCACAAUUGUUUAUCCACAGACCGAAUUAUGUUGCGAGCCAUGACACCGAUGAGCCCGUUCCGCCGCCUAUUCCGCCUUUGCCACUCAAUUACCAGAGAUCCGAUGAUGAGAGUAACGCUACCGAGACGCGUGAACAGAAGCGGCAGCGUGCCAUAUCGAAGGCUGUUCGACAAGCUGAGCUCAAGCGACUCAGAAUCGCUCAGGAGAUUCAGCGUGAACAGGAAGAGAUCGAAGUGCAAUUGAGGGAGCUGGAGGCGCGCGGUGUUCUUAUUGAGAAGGCAUUGCGCGGCGAAGGAGAAACACAUGUCAGCAAAAUUGGACAAAAGUUCCGCAGAUGUUGCAGCUGAGGGUGCUAUACUUAAUGAAAUGCUAGAAAUUGUUGCCAAACGUGCAGCCUUGCGUCCAACUGGUUCUGGUGCGGAGUCCACCUCGGCUGUAGACUUAAUGGCUUCAGCGACAGCGAUAGCAAUGUCAGCAGAUGGCAUUAAUUUAAUGAGUGCGCGUGGACCAUCAGCACAUAACACCGAUGAAUCAAAUAUAUGAAACAAACGCUUUCCGUGGAGUCUUAUCGCCUCAGAACUCUUUUAUGCAAUUUUAAAUUUACACAAUUAACAUGUUUUAACCAUUUAACCAAAAACCAAAAAAAAAAAGGAAAACAGGCACUUGGGAGACAUAGUCAAUCUAUUAUGUGCUUUAACAUUUCUUCUUCACCAAUCAUGCUAUGGACUAUUGAGAUACUCAAUAACGCUGAAGUCGCAUCAAAUAGCAAUUUAAAUUACUAAAUACUUACCUAUACUAGCAGUUAGAUAUAGUCAAUAUCAAUUACAUUAUUGCAUUAAGUAUUACUAAAAUCGAAAGUAAAGACAGAAAAAGCUAUUACAUAUGUUGGUAACACACCUAAACCAACUAAAAAACAUUAAAUCGUCAAUACUGGCCUUCAAUAUUAUAUACGAAAUCAAUUAAAAAAUGAAGAAACUAAGAGAAACCAUAAUGGCGAAAGUAAAUGUAACAAAAGGCAAGUAACGCAAAAAUUGCGUCAAGAUUUAAUUACAAAACACCUGUAUACCUACAUACAUGUUUAAAAAUAAUUUUAAUGAAUACCAAUCCAAUGUUUAAACAAAACAAAUCUACACAAAGAGUGUGGGCACAAUAGAAAUUUCGAUAUAGCAUUAUGCCAAUGCAAAUAUUUUAUUUAUAAAAUUUUAUAAAAAACAAAUGUGUAUAGGAAAACAUUUUACACGCGAAAACGUCCCUAUAAUCAAACGCCGAAAUAAUCAGAGAAGUGUCUCCUGCUCACUAAUACAUUUACCGUAUUAAUAUUCCCAUUUGUAGCUUUCUUUUUUUAUGAGCGCAUGUAUGCAGAAUUUCAUUUUAUUUUACAUAGUCAUCGUCUAACCCUUUGAUUUACUUACUUUCUUGCACAAUUACUUUCCUCUUGUGCUGCUUCGUAAUUUAGUUAGUGCUCUUUCCAUCAAGAUUAAGUACGAAUUUUUAUUAAUAUUUUUUAUUGCAACGAGGUUAUAAAAAUAUACAAUUUACUAUAUAUA